AUGUCUCUCAUUAGCAAAUUGGCAUCAAAAUUCCCAUGGGCUUCUGCCCCCUUGGUUGUAGGCGCCCCGAUGCGUGUCUUUUCGGGCCCUGCACUCGCGACUGCCAUCUCCAGCGCAGGCGGCCUGGGGUUCAUCGGACCCGGGACAACAACGCAAAAUACAGUCAAAGACUUGGAAGAGACAUUCAAGAUCAUUCAAGAUGCUCGGUCAACAUCUAGCUUCAAAGGUCUUCCGUCGACCUACGACUCCCUCCCUGUCGGGGUGGGAUUUCAAUUAUGGAGUGACGAUCUCGACAUAGCCAGUGCAGCCAUUCAGAACUUCAAGCCGUGUGCUGCGUGGCUAUACGCACCGCGAAAUGGUCAAUCAGAUCUUGAUAUAUGGUCUGAAAAAAUACGUACUGCGUCACCGGAUAUUCAGAUCUGGGUGCAGAUCGGCACUAUCGCAGAAGUGAAAGGACUUCUCCAAAGCUCCCACCGACCGGAUGCGAUUAUCGUCCAAGGCACCGAGGCAGGAGGCCACGGUCGUCGUGAUGGGAUCGGAUUGAUGUCACUUCUCCCAGAGAUAGCAGAUAUCGUCAAGGAGAGUGGGAUCCCUCUUCUCGCCGCAGGUGGAAUUGCAGAUGGUAGAGGAGCUGCGGCCGCGCUGUGUCUGGGUGCCUCGGGAAUUGUCAUGGGCACACGAUUCCUCGCAUCCAACGAAGCUCGGAUUAGCAAGGGCUAUCAGCAGGAAGUGGUGCGGGCGAAAGAUGGUGCCGCCAAUACUGUGAGAACGCUGCUCUACAAUCAUCUUCGCGGCACAACUGGUUGGCCGGAACCGUAUGUCCCUCGGGGUAUCAUCAAUAAGACAUGGGCCGAUCAUCUGGAAGGGAAAUCUUUUGAGGAACUGAAGAAACUACAUGAUGAAUCGGCAGCAACCGGGGAUAAAGGAUGGGGUCCCGAAGGACGAGUUGCAACGUAUGCAGGCGCAUCCAUUGGUUUGAUUCAUGAUAUAAAGAGUGCAUCGGAUAUUGUUCGCGAUAUGCAGGAUGCGUUUCAGGAACAGUUGGAUAUAAAGCCGAGGUUGUAA